UUUUAAAUUUUUUCUGAUUUUUUUUUCACCUCCUCCUCCCACCCCCAUUUACUCCACAUCGCCAUCACCACCCCCGAAGAAAACCGAGCGAACCCGAAGCUGCACCCUACACCCGCCCACCGACCCAGCCUCGCAUCGCAGAGGAAAUCCUCACCGUCACCCGGCUCUAUCACCGGGGGUGGGGGGGGGAGGAGGAGAGCAGCCCUCCCCUCGCACCCCGGCCCUCAGCACCAUGAUGUUUCGAGACCAGGUCGGCGUUCUGGCCGGCUGGUUCAAGGGCUGGAACGAGUGCGAGCAGACUGUUGCGCUGCUCUCGCUGCUCAAACGCGUGAGCCGGACCCAGGCGCGCUUCCUGCAGCUCUGCCUGGAGCACUCGCUGGCGGACUGCACCGAGCUGCACGUCCUCGAAGGGGAGGCCAACAACCCCGGAAUCAUUAACCAAUGGCAACAGGAAUCCAAGGAUAAAGUGAUAUCCCUAUUGUUAACCCACCUGCCUUUACUGAAGCCCGGAAACAUCGAAGCAAAAGUCGAAUACAUGAAACUCUUGCCUAAAAUCCUGGCCCACUCGAUCGAACACAACCAACACAUCGAGGAGAGCCGGCAGCUGUUGUCCUACGCCUUGAUCCACCCGGCCACCUCACUGGAGGACCGCAGCGCUCUGGCCAUGUGGCUCAACCACCUGGAGGACCGCACGUCGGGGACCUUUGGCAGCCAGGGCAGGGGCCGCUCGGACUCUGUGGACUACGGGCAGACUCACUACUAUCACCAAAGACAGAACUCCGAUGAUAAACUCAACGGAUGGCAAAACUCUCGAGACUCGGGCAUAAGCGUCAGCGCUUCCAGCUGGCAGGACAAAAACCUGGCCUGCGAGAACGGCCAUCUGCCCCUCUACUCCUCCUCCUCCGUCCCCACCACCAUCAACACCAUCGGCACUAGCACAAGCACCAUUCUCUCAGGCCAGACACACCACAGCCCUUUGAAACGCUCUGUGUCCCUUACCCCACCCAUGAAUGUGCCAAACCAGCCUCUAGGACAUGGAUGGAUGUCUCAUGAGGACUUACGAGCUAGAGGACCCCAGUGCAUCCCUUCCGAUCAUGCCCCCCUGUCUCCACAAAGCAGUGUAGCCUCUUCGGGAAGUGGUGGGAGUGAACAUUUAGAAGAUCAGCCUUCCGCUCGUAACACAUUCCAGGAGGAAGGGAGUGGUAUGAAAGAUGUUCCAGCCUGGCUGAAGAGUCUCCGGCUGCACAAGUACGCCGCGCUCUUCUCACAGAUGACGUACGAGGAGAUGAUGGCCCUCACUGAAUGCCAGCUCGAGGCACAAAACGUUACCAAAGGCGCAAGACACAAAAUAGUUAUCAGCAUCCAAAAGCUAAAAGAAAGACAAAACCUGCUCAAAUCAUUAGAAAGGGACAUCCUGGAAGGUGGCAACCUGCGUGUCCCGCUGCAGGAACUACACCAAAUGAUCCUCACCCCCAUCAAAGCCUACUCUUCCCAAAUCUCCAGCCCGGAGGAACACAGCCGGGACACGGACUCACACCAUCCCCCCUCUCUGCUGGGCUCAGACAGCCAGGGCUCCGAUGGCAAGGACUCUGCAGCGGGGGGGAUGCAGCAGCAUCACCUGCCGGGCUGUGAGGGCGAGUCGGGGGGCGGCCCUUUGCCUGAAGGUGACCUGCCUGGACAGUUCACAAGGGUGAUGGGGAAAGUAUGCACACAACUUUUAGUUUCCCGACCUGAUGAAGAGAAUAUAAGCUCCUAUUUACAGCUUAUAGACAAAUGUCUAAUACACGAGGCGUUUACAGAGAUACAGAAGAAACGGCUGUUGUCAUGGAAACAGCAGGUGCAAAAACUCUUUAGGUCUUUCCCUCGGAAAUCCCUCCUGGAGCUGUCAGGCUAUCGGCAGCAGCGGAGCCGAGGCUUUGGGCAGUCCAACUCCUUACCUACAGCCGGAUCUGCCGGGGCAGGGCUGGGCAGACGAAACCCCCGCCAGUUCCAGAUCCCCUCCCGCAACCUCCCCACUGCCCGCCUGGGGCUGCUGGGUCCCAGUGGGCUGCUGGGCACCCCACAGCGCAGCCCUGCCGCCAGCCCUGCCAUCCUCAAGCAAGGCAGACAGAACCUCUGGUUUGCCAACCCUGGGGGCAGCAACAGCAUGCCCAGCAGGAGCCACAGCUCAGUGCAGAGGACGCGCUCGCUGCCGGUGCACACCUCCCCGCAGACCAUGCUGAUGUUCCAGCAGCCAGAGUUCCAGGUGCCGGUGACUGAACCUGACAUCAACAACAGGCUGGAGUCCCUGUGCCUGAGCAUGACGGAGCACGCGCUCAGCGAUGGUGUCGACCGGACCUCCACCAUCUAGAGGAGGACAGCCUGACGGCGGCGGUGCUGAUGGGAGAAGAACUGCUGCAGGUCCAGCGGAGAGGUCCAGGCACGGGAGCCUCAGCGACAGCUUGCAUCCUUUCUGUCUUUCUCUCUCUUCCUCUCUUUUCUCCUGUUUUAAUUUGGUGAACGUGUAGAUUGUCCUUGUGAACAUACCAUUAGACUUGGAA